AAACAAAGAAACCAGUCAGUAUUUAGACGAGCCAGUGUUCGUUCAUUGUAAAACGUUUUCGACGUGUACACUUGAAAAAUGAUUGUCAACAGUAGCAUUUAACUAUGUAUUCAGAUUAUUCAUUGUAUAUUUUCUAAUGACAUGUUUCUGAAUAAUAUUAUAAUAAGAUAUUUUGAUAAAUGUCAAUGCGCAAAGAGAAUAACAUUUUACUUUCAUUUAUCCAUCUGCUAGUUUAUUUCUCUACUAGAGUGCGUAUUUUUAACGAAUGAUUUUGUAACAAGAAUUUGCUAGUGCAAAAAGGAAUCGUUUAUAAAAAUCUCAAAUUGCAAAUGUCCUGAACAUGCCGUCUUUACUAGAGGCACUAGAAUUGAAAUAUGGUAGUUCAACGACAGAUUGCUCGUUAACUGAUGAAGAAGCUGAGUCUGGUUCGCCGAAAACUGCAUUAUCAGUUAGUAUUUUCAUUCCAAAAAAAUCACCACGUCAUACGGUGCCUGCUCUAUUAGUAUUACAAGAUUGUGAUAUUGAAUCAGCCGGCAAUGAUGAUGAAAAGCUACGCAACAAAUGUAAAAAUGUCGAAGAACUUGACCUCGCUCAAAAUAAAUUCUCCCAAUGGAAUGAAGUUUUUGGAAUAUUACAACAUAUGCCGAAAAUAAAAUUCGUCAAUUUGAGUUUUAAUUAUUUAUCAAAAGAAUUGGAAAUAAAAGAUGGUAAUUAUGAUCAAUUGAAAAAUCUUGUUCUUAAUGGAACACGAGUAUCAUGGACAUCAGUUCAGGGCCUUAUUAAUCUUCUUAAAAAUUUGGAAGAACUUCAUUUAUCAUUAAAUGAAUAUAAAAAUGUUGAUAUUGAUCAUGAAAAUCAAGAGAAUCAAAAUUCAUUAGUGAAAAAAUUACAUUUCACUGGCAAUCCAAUUGAACAUUGGUUGGAAAUUUUAAAACUUGGCUAUGUUUUUCCACAUUUAGAGAGUCUUGUUCUUGCCGAAUGUCCAAUUGCAUCUUUAAAUCUUUCACACGAAUGUUGUAAUUUAAUUGACAAAGAUAGUCAAAAACAACAACAACAACAAAAAGAAGUGCUCGAUGUCAGUGAAGAUGAAACAAAUAUGAAUCAAUCAUCAUUGGACCAAUCAACAAAAUCAGAUUAUAAUCAACAAUAUUUAUUGGAAAAUACACCACCGUUUGUUCAAAAUGAGACUUAUAACAAAAUGGAACACGAGAGAAAUAGUUCUGAAAAAGCGUCUCAUGAUUCUUUUAAAAUGUUGAAAUUUCUUAAUGUCAACAAUACUUUACUCUCCACGUGGAAUGACGUUGAGAAAUUAGCCAAAUUCCCUGCCCUUAAAUCUCUCAGAAUGCAAAAUUGUCCUUUAUUUGAGAGUCCUCAAGAGUAUACAGAACACGAAAGAAGACAAUUAUUGAUCGCAAGAUUGCCAAAUGUCGAAACAUUAAAUGGAGGAGGAGUGAUUUCAUCUCAGGAACGCGAAGAUGCAGAAAGAGCAUUCAUUAGAUAUUAUAUGGAGAAACCAGAAGCUGAUCGACCAGAGAGGUACGCUGAACUCAUUGGCAUUCAUGGGAAGUUAGAUCCACUGGUGCAAGUAGAUUUAACACCGGAAAAAAGAGUGAAAGUUACUUUUAUAUACGGAGAUCUUGUAGAGGUUCGAUCUGUGGAUGUCUACAGAACUGUAUUUGAAUUGAAAACAAAACUCGAAUCAAUGGUGAAAAUAUCAGCGAACAAAAUGAGACUUUUCUAUGUUGAUCAAGUGAUGAAAGCUCAACAUGGUCCAGAAGAGAUGUUGUUUCCAAACAAGCAACUUUAUCGAUACAACAUCAGAAAUGGAGAUGAAAUUAUUAUUGACAGUAAAUUAAAUCGUUUUACAUCGUCAACGUCGAGUACGUGUUCUAAUCGUUCAUAAAAGAAAAAUGAAAAAAUCUCUUAUGCUCAGGUGUUUCAAGAGAUUAUAAAUGAAGACCAUGGAAUUUUAAAAAUUCAAUGGCUAGUCUGACCUUUCAAAAUGCACAAUCAUUUUUGAUGGAUCAAACUAAAAUAUAAAUACAGAUUUAGCAAAAAUUUUAAAAACAAUUUAACAUUCAUUUAUUUGAAAAAAAAUAAUAAAAAAAUAUAUUAAUAUACAUAUAAUUAAAUAUAUGUACGGCUUUGACAAUUCGUCAAAACUCUGUAGAUUAUACGCCAUAAAUUUACUUACAUAUUAUACUAACCCAUCAAAUUAAGAAGUAUGCGAAUUCAAUUAAAAUACAGUUUUUAAUAA